AUGGCUCAUGCAUUUUAUCAGAGACAUUGGAAAACAGUGGGCAAGGAGGUAUGUGAUGCAGUUCUUUGUGUUCUAAAUUCCAAUGGUAGUAUUGAUGCUCUUAAUGAAACCUUUAUUGUCCUAAUUCCCAAGAUCAAAUUCCCUAGCAAAGUGACUGAGUUCAGACACAUUAGUCUGUGCAAUGUCCUUUAUAAAAUCAUAUCAAAGACCAUUGCAAACAGAUUGAAGAAGAUCCUUCCAAGCAUAAUCUCUCAGACUCAAUUUGCCUUUGUUCCUGGUAGAUUGAUUUCAGAUAAUGUUAUCGUGGCAUUCGAGGCAUUGCACACAAUGAAUACCAAAUUAUCAGCCAAAGAUGGUCAAAUGGCCUUGAAACUUGACAUGAGUAAGACUUAUGACAGAAUUGAGUGGGGUUUCUUAGAAGUUGUUAUGCUUAAAAUGGGCUUUAAUCAGAGUUGGAUGAUAGCUUGUUGUUUUAUAAAGCUAAUAUCCUUGAAUGGAGCAAACUCAUACACAUUAUUCAAUCUUUAUGAAAGGGGCUCUGGUCAAAAGCUGAAUAAGGAGAAGACAUCAAUGCAAUUUAGCAAGAAUACCCCAAGAUCUGCUCAGGACCUAAUACUCAGCAUUGCAGGGGUGAGAUCUUAUGUGCAGUAUGAGAGAUACCUUGGUUUACCUGUCAUGGUUGGUAAAUCACGGAUUAACUCCUUUAAGUGUAUUCAGGAAAAGGUCAAAAGCAAGCUUAGCAGCUAUAAGGUUAAAACUCUUUCCUUAGCAGGUAAGGAAAUCUUCAUAAAGGCUGUGGUUCAAGCUUUACCUUCAUACAGUAUGAGAGUUUUCCAAUUACCUUGUAGUUUUCUCAAGAGCAUCAAUAAGGUGACUCAGAAUUAUUGGUGGGGUCAACAGGAGCAAGUGGGGAGAAUACAUUGGGUCUCUUAUAAUUCUAUGGGUAAAGCAAAAACCAAAGGAGGGCUGGGUUUCAGAGAUCUUGGGAGUUUUAACGUGGCUAUGUUAGACAAACAAGGUUGGAGACUAUUGCCAUUUCCAGAUUCUCUUGCUUCUCAGGUGCUUAAGUGGAAAUACUUUCCUAGGGUCAGCUUUAUGGAGGCCAAGGUGGGGAGUAAUCCCUCUUACAUUUGGAGAAGCAUUAUGGCUGCUCGAUCUCUGUUGGAUCAUGGAACCUGCUGGAGAAUAGGCAAUGGCAGAGAGGUUUAA